CCAAAACCCUAAUUUCUCCAUCUAGACGCACACACACAAACGCACUGACCACUACCACCCCCAUCACUACUGAUGGCGCUAUGCUCUCACCGUCUCCGCCGAGCCCUCUCUCUCUCAUCCUCUCUACUCAACCGACAUCACCACCACCACCAACCCCUUUCUUCUAUUCCCACGCUAUCCACCCCACCUUCUCUGUACUCCACCGCCCGAAAUCCUUGCCUCAACCCCACUCAGCUCCACCACCUCAACCUUCCAUUUCAAUCCAGACUCUUCAGAUCAUCGACGGUCUCAUUUCGUCGAUACAGCGACGAUAUCGAUGCAGACAAGAUCGGGCCCGAUACGAUUCUCUUCGAAGGAUGCGAUUAUAAUCACUGGCUCAUCACCAUGGAUUUUCCCAAAGACCCUAAACCUUCGGCAGAAGAGAUGGUCGAGACCUAUGUCCAAACCUGUGCCAAAGUCGUGGGAAGUGUGGAAGAGGCAAAAAAGAGAAUCUAUGCCUGUAGUACAACAACUUAUCAGGGUUUUCAGCUUGAGUGUACAGAGGAAAUGUCUGAGAAGUUUAGAGGUUUGCCUGGUGUUGUUUUUAUAUUGCCUGAUUCUUACAUUGAUCCAGUAAAUAAGGAGUACGGAGGAGACAAGUACAUUAAUGGAACAAUCAUACCUAGACCACCCCCUGUACAAUAUGGUUCACAAAGGGGAAGGUAUAAUGAUCGGAACAGAGAUUUCAACCGACAAAACCGGCCAAGGGAUUUUGGGCCACCCCAACAGAAUUAUGGUCCACCAGGGGCACAACAGAAUAUUCCUCCCAGGCCGAAUUAUGGUCCACCAGGGGCUCAACCAAAUAUUUCCCCGCAGCAGAAUUAUGAUCCACCACGGGCACAGCCGAAUUUUCCACCGCAGCAAAAUUAUGGUCCACCUGGGGCACAACAGACUUUUCCACCUGGGGCACAACAGAAUUUUCCACUGCAGCAGAAAUAUGGUCCACCGGGGGCACAGCAGAAUUUUCCUCCGCAGCAGAAUUAUGGUCCACCAGGGGCACAGCAGAAUUAUGGUCCACCGGGGGCACAGCAGAAUUAUGGUCCUCCUGGGGCACAGCAGAAUUAUGGUCCUCCUGGGGCACAGCAGAAUUUUCCACCGCAGCAGAAUUAUGGUCCACCAGGAGCGGGUGAGCGAAGAGAUCCAGUGCCUUCAUAUGAGGUGAAUUACAAUCAAGGGGAACGGGGAAAUUCUUAUCCCCAAGGACAACGAGAUCCUCAGCAGAGAGACUUCAGGGGAGACAAUCGGAAUUAUGCACCUCCACAAGGCAGAAGUUAUGAGAACGGAUUAGGUGGUACUUAUGAGCAAGGAGUUGGAAUUCAGGGGCAAGGGAUGGCUACUGGCUAUGGGCAGGGAGAAGAUCAAAGGUUCUCACAGGUGGACCAGAGGAAUAACACGCAGGGGGAUCAAAGGCAUUAUGCAACAAUGGGGCAUACAGGCCCUGACCAAGGGAGAUGGUGAGAAGGGUCGAGCAAUGGGUGAGAUAUAGUAGGACGCCAUUGAAGGUGAUGAGACCACUCAAUAUCUUUCAUAUAUGUUGAUGCGCGUGCAUG